AUGCAUGAAACUCCGCGAUCUGCGGAGAGCACACCGGGUCUGAAGCUUGGAAGCCCCAGCAAAGGCCUCUUAAAUGAAGCUUUGGAUAAUGAGGAUCAGCUGCGUGCUGCGUUCUAUAGGUACACACAUGGUCAGCUUUAUCUCAGCCGGAGUCAGAUGCCAGCUGUCUUGAAGGACCUUGGUAUCACCAUCCCAUCCGCUGAUGCCUGCCAACUGGACAAAGAUUUCUUCCAGACGUUUUGUGAUCACGAGUUCAACAGCGCGGACGAGAACAAGGACGGGAAGGUCUCCUUCCAAGAAUGUAUCGCGUAUCAAAAUCGUUAUUUGUCGAUGAUGCAGGCACGGCGGGCUCUUUCACGCCUGGCCAUGUCUUCUCGGAACUGUAUGCCAUCCGGUGUCUCGGACUCAAGCAACGAGUGGGCUGCAGCUUGGCUGUCUGCCAUGAGAGAUCCGGGAAGGGCCUUUGCCUUUCCCAGGUGA